AUGAUGCCGCUCUGUAUAUUCGGUGUGCUAUCCAUCAUACGGCACUGUUCAGCUUGCCUUGCAACAGCCACAUCACCCGAAGCUUUGUUAUCCCUUCUGGCACCCCAGAAUCCUUUUCAAACCCCUACAACCAAUUAUUUUCAACCUCCUGCUUUCCCUCAACCCCAGACACAAGCCUUCGCUCAGCCAACUUGGGCUAAUCCUCAAUUAACGCCUGCAUUUCAAGUGCAACCGCAACCUUUUCCACUAGCGCCUCAAAUGCCCAAUCCGUUUCAACCUCCACCUAGCCCACAGACCCUGGACCCUGCUGAGGAGGUCCCCUUGACACAACCGGAUACAAGUGCGUUGGAUACAUCAGAAGCAGCAUCCGCUCCAGAUGCGGCUGAAGGGCCGCCCUAUCCGGCUUCAUCUUCUUCAGCCUCUUCGAAUGUACCAUCUUCUCAGCCGCAACCAGAAACCGCGGUAUUGUCCGCAGAUGCUUCGGCUGCUUCUGCGCAGCAGGGCCAGACAGAAAAUGCUCAACAAAGGCAGCCACAAAAUCCGAGAAAGAACUCAAAAGAUGAUCGUCGAGAAGAUCGAGUGAAAGGAAGGAAGAAGGAGAACAGCGACGAUUACUACUACUACGAUCCAGAAGAUCUUCUUCCUAAUGGGCAAGGAGAAGGCGAUCCCGACUAU